GAUUGUUUUACUUUUUAGAUAUGUUUAGGCGGUCUAUCAACGGUCACACUUGAAUUAUCACCGGCAAAAUAAAACAAAUUGCGUUAUAAAAACUUUAGAAACUCUAGCGUAAUUACUGCUGAUGCGCUGUGAUGUUCACCCCAAAUAAUGACAUAACGUCAGUUCUCGUCUAGAUGGUGAACCGAAUCCUGGACCUGAAAACCUAAAGAUCAGCUAAUAGCCACCGGUAUUGAAAUGUGUUCCAAUGAAGAAGUAUUGUUGAGUUUCACAACAAACUCAGGUAGCGUACAUACCAACAUAAAUCCCACAACGGACGUCGCAGAAAUUGUCUUGCCGCCGGAUUCGGACGUGGAAAUGGUCUCCGUCAGGUCAGAUGCCGAAUCAGAUACCAAAUCAGACACCAAAACAUGCGCUAAAUCAGAUGCCAAAUUAGAUGGUAAAGCGAAAUUAGAGUCACGAGCCAAACCUAAGGCGGACCAGGUGGAGGCUAAAAAGAAGCGCCUCAAGAGGACCAAGGAAUGUCAUGCUCCGCCGAAUGAUACUCCCCAGAAACUCAACUGGAAGUGGAACCUGCGGAUCUUGAUUUCAAAUCUGUUCAUGAAGACCGAGGACCGUCUUCCGGGAGCAUGUGUUCCCAAGUGCCUUUACAAUACUAGUCUGUGCACGGAAAGACAUCGGUGCUCCUUUCUUCCGGAUGGACCAAACUUUACGGCCGUUCAGGCGCUGCGAACCACGUUGCAUGGUCAGCACUACGAUACAUUCCUGGACAUUCUGGAGAUGAUGGUGAUGCAGGGUGUCUUCCCAGGCGAAGGAGUAUUUGACAGACUUAUAGAUAUGACCAUGAUCCUAAUUGCCAAAGAGAUAAAAGUGAAAGAGCUGGGCGACACCUACAACAAACUUAUACGCACAUUCUUUCUUCUGGUAGACGCCUUUCCUCCCUGCUGGACAGCUCUCCGUCCUUACUACUUGAGCUUUCUGGACAUCAAGAGUCCUGCCUUGCGAAAAAAAUGUAUAACCGAUUCUCCCCAAAAGCUGCAGUUUUACCUGGAUCUUUUUGAGGAAAAUCUCACGCAUUGCAGCGAUGAAGAGAUACGGGAAAAUACAAAAUUCUAUGAAAAGUUUGUGUUCAACUUCUCGGAAGAGGAGGAUGCGAAUAUGUCACAGGAGACGGUCUUCUUGCGGCAUGUACAGCAGUAUGACUGGCUGAGUGGGAAGCUUUGCCUGGAUGACUUCAAGAUAAUGUCACCCGCAGUCAGAUUAGCACGACUCUGUGAUGUCCUAAAUAUGCUCACGUGGGUACUGGAAAUGGAGUUCCUCUCCUGGCUGGAUCAUAACAGGUUUAGGCAGUCGGAAUCGGAGAUGUUUCUGGAGAACUUCAAGCCAUUUGCUUCGAUUGUAUUUGGAAUGUCAGCAGAAACGCGUCUCACAGACAUUGUUAGGCAAAUCAUGAGGCUGUAUGGACAGGUGGUGGCCAAGUCCAUGUACCCAGAACGCCAGAGGAUUCUCCAGCGCCUUGUUUCCCUCAUUAUCGAAGUAAGCAACACGGCCGAGCUAAAGUACGUGGAUAAUGCUUUGAUCUAUCCAAGCCUGGGACCCCAAACCCGUCUGCUCAUCGCAGACUUUUUCAAGAUUUUUAAAUCACAGAAUUCCAAACUGAUUAGCACCUAUCUAAAGACCAUUCCGCAGUUGGACCACCCAUAUUUCCGCUACGAGUUCACAGACCACUUUUUAAAGUUGUUUUCCUUUCCCAAAAAACUUCAAUUUGGACCGGAGAAGGUGGUCGGCGAAUUCACAGCACGCCAAUGGAUGAAGUACAAACUAAAAAGUGAGAUUGAAGAUGAAGACGAUGAGCAGUUGUCUCGUGAGGAUUACCUAGCAUUACUUCUUAGCGCCUUAAAAGACUACGACAAGUGGUUAAAUCUUAGUGGCUUCUGGAAGUAUCUAAAGAGCAAGGAGCUCGUGCAGCCGUUGACUGCGAGGAUCAGUCCUGGGGUUGAACGCGAAGCGCCAAAGGUGUUCAGGCUAGAUGCGUUGAAAGAGGAAGUACCCACCUGGAACGCGCGCAUGAGCACUAAGGUAAUUAUAGACCGGCCCAAGGUGAAUCUGCCGGUGGUCAGAAUCCAUAUGGCUAAGAUGUGUGUGCGCUAUGGCGAGGAUGUGCGACAGAUGAGAUUUUUGAGACGACUCCUUCAAAACGAAGUUUACAAGGAGGUCGAUGUGUCGGAAUGGUUAAUCUAUCUGAACAACUUCCUGGGCGAUGACCAGUCGACGUCUCCCCCAGACUCUGCACCUUCCUCCGAAUCUGGGCAGAUCUGAUUGAUCAAAAAUAAUGAUAUACCCAAGGCUCAAUUAUGUUUAAGUUUAAACUUACUUAUUUUAAGCUUAUGAAAAACAUCAGUGUGUGAAAAGUUUGUUUUUUUUUUCUUGCGGUAACUAAUUUUUAUCUAAAUGGUUUUAAAUAAGAAUGCAUUUGAUUCAUUGCCAUUUGUCAUAAUUUCCGUUUCUAUAUUUCUCCAUUGCAAAUAUAUAUUUAUGCUGUAACUAAAUACACAAUUACGUACACAUUUACAUAUAAAUACAGCUAC